AUGGCAGGCCGCCUGAGCACCCCACUGGCGGCGCUGAGCACCAGGCCCGCCCGGGCUGGCAGGACGACCGCACGGGCGCACUCCUCCUCCUCCUCCGGCAACGGCAACGGCAGCGACCACGAGCCGAGGCCCGGGCUGGCAGCGCCCGGCACCCAGCUCCCGCGCAUGUACACCACCCUCGACGCCGUCCAGGACGCCCUCCACACGCCCCGGUACGCCGCCCUGCGCGCCUCCGGAUGGCACGCCCACUCCCGGGCCCACCCGCCCGGCGUCGUCCUCCGCAAACACUUCCCCCCGCGCCAGCCGUUCGGCUCCUGGGACGCCGUCCUCGCCUGGCUCCACGACCAUCUCCGCCCACUCGCCGCCGAGCUCGACCAUGACCGAUGGCCUGCCACCACAACCGUACCGUGA